AUGUACUCCUCUACUGCCACUCUCCAUCAUGAGCUGGACGGUCGUAUUGGUCUCUAUCGCGCCGGGUUUCUGUCACCUCGAAUGCUCCAACUGGAUGUUAACUACGAUGUAUUGUUUCGACCGACCGCCAUCACUCCUAUCCGUGAUAUGGCUCUCGAGGAGUUGCAGUCACGAUAUUUACUCUUAGGGCUCCAAAACGGAUCGAUUCAGCUGUUAGAUGUGGUGGAUCGUGCGUCGGUGGACGGACAAGAAUCACAUCGAAUAAUUGGCAUCAUCGGGAAAUCCUCCGAACAGGCACGUUCAAGUCGCCCCAAAGUAUCCGAUUUGCGUCCUGUGGUUUGUAUCCAGUGGUAUCCGGUGGAUUCCGGCUUAUUUUUCACGGCAUCUUUGGAUAGAACUGUGAAAAUAUGGGACACUAAUCGGCUUACGUGUGCCGACAGUAUUGAACUUCCAUCAAGUAUAUCCUGGAUCGCCUUAUCUCCUUGUGCUAUUCGUCACAAUCUGGUCGCUGUCGCCCUCGGUGCAGAUGAGAGUGCUCGAAGCGUUCUCUUGGAUCCGGUCAUCGGUGCUGCAGCCAUCACGCUGAUUGGGGGUCACUCUCCAGCUGGACUAUCUUCUAUCGUAUGGUCUCCUAGAUCAUCUGACACACUGGUCACAGCUGGGCAUGACGGUCGGAUCCUGUUCUGGGAUAUCCGCUUGCCCACAAAACCAGUGCACUCCCUGGACAGAUACGGGACACACGAGGACGACGGUUUCACACCUGAUGCGGCCGCCCAUACCGGUUCGGUUCUCUCUCUGGCUUUCACACCCGAUGGGUUGCACCUAUUCUCUUGGGGAGGUGCCGGAACGAAUGAGGAUACUUUGUGUCUACGGAUGUGGUCUGCUGGCCCCGACGAGGCUGGUCUAAAAGUGGUGACCAACAACACCAAUCUUCCCGGUAGACCCUUACUCCGCCCUGUCAAUUUCGGUACAGUAUAUGCCGAUAGCGGUGGAUCGCGUGAUUGGAACACUUCCUCGGACUUAGGAACAGCCAUCGGGCGGAUCACAGGAGUGGAAAUCCGCUCGCAAUCCCGUACUGCUUCGGGUGCUCCUUGGCUUAGCAAGCGCCGGAUCUACGCCGCUUCUCGGAUGGCAGUCGUGUCCGGACCACCUGGUGAGGCUUGGGGUGCUGAGUCCGCCUUCGUCUACGUCCCUCAUCGCAGUCGUCUGUUUAUGGCUUUCGCAGCGAAACGAAAGGCUCAAACACAGCUUGUUAAUCGACAUUACGAUAAGAUUCGUGCAUGCAUAUGGAAUUGCGAAAUGCGUGAGCUCUACACGUGCGGGAUGGACGGCAACCUAUUCACCUGGCAGUUUGAUCCCAACGUCCAGGAUCCCAGUGCCUUGUAG